AUGGCAUGUGACAACGAAACACCACCAUCCGCCCAACAGGCCAGCGAAAACGUGGAGGGACAGUCCGUGACAACCUCCGCAGCGAUUCCAGCGCCAACAUCCGCGGACUCAAGCUCUAAUAAGAGUGAGCACGAUGUCGACAGCCGCAACAAUCAAUCGGACAACGACGUCAACAAGGAUUCUGGCGCUUCAGACAACGACGUCGACAAGGAGUCUGGUGAUUCCGACACCGACAACAACAUCCGCAUGCCGCCUAGAGCAUCGGGUGCUCCACGUCAUCUACAUCCGCUAGAAGCCGAUCUCCACAAGGCAUUCAACGAGCGAGUCCAAGCCUCUAUGGCCAAAGGAUGGGUCAACUUGGGAGGAGGACACUUCAACCAGUGCCGAGUCAUCAACGCUGACGGGACAAGCUCUCUAAUCCCGCAUCCGUUCCCACCAGGACUCUCUGCGGACACAUCUGUUUACAACAGCCGCACAACUCCACCUCAGGCCAACAACCCGCGUCCAACGCCACCAACCGCAUCUGCUCCAAUCAUGGACAGAAUCGGAGGGUUAGUCCAAAGAGCCGUAUGCUGUUCGGGGAUCUCGGAAGGCAUUCGUCAACUCGUCCGAAGCUGCGGUGACAACGAGCAAAAGCUCACUGAAAUUCUGCAAAGAGUUUCGUUGAAGCCGAUGCCAAGGGACGCGAAGACAAUCAUCAAUGGACUCUCAAAAUGGUCGGAGGCCCGCGAGUUCCUUGGAACUCGCUUCAACAUCCGCAUCCACACGAAGAGCUCCACCCAAAUUGCAUACUACUCCGUUCAUGGAGCGUAUGCUAAGCAGCUGCUGUACUUGGAUGACCAACACCCGCAAUUCAAGGAGAAGAAGCGUAUCGCCGACAAGAAGGAGGAGGACUGGGCCAAGGAGACAACUUCCGCACUUGUAGUGACGGAGUUGGUACAACAUCCGCCCGUCCACACCUUCAGGCCACACACCUUCGGUCGCAGAAAGUGUCCAUGCAUCAAAACGAUGAUGCACCACUAUGCAGCACACGACGCCAACAUUCAAUGCGAAGCCAGAAGAGUCCUCCAAGAGGCAAUUCUCGAAGUACAUCACCAGAUGACCUCUCACUCGCUUAGCGAGCUGAAGUCUCUCAAGCUCGGAUGGAACCCAUUGGAUAAUGGCGCCAACACCCGCAGACACUGA